UCAACACUGAAAGCUCCAUUUUCAUUCCCCAUAUUGUUCGAAGUUUCUUAUAACAAGCGAGGUGGCUCUUGAAGGCCUAUAGCAUGCCUCGUUCACGGACUGCGGCUGGAGGACCAGUAGGCAUUGUUCGAGGGACAUCGUGAGUAGCAUGCUAAACAUUCAAUAUAAUGCACUGAAGAUUGAGUACACAAUUUGACCUUAAAUUUCAUUCUAGCCAAGGCCAACGCGAGUCAAACAGUCCCGCGGAUGAGUGGUAUUCAAACGUAGGUUUUGGGAUUCAGCGCACUACAGGACCUGGCCCCGUUCGAGAAGUCGGCCCUGGUCGAUUUGUCAUUGAGAACAAUCCUUCUCUUUGCCCCAUAUACCGAGGUACCGAUUGGGACAGUGCUAUGAGCUACGUUAGGGACGGAGACCGAAAGUAUAUUGUGAGCGAGGAACCCGGCGAUCUCCAUUACGGAAGAGAGGCAUCGUACUGGACGACCAGCGAAGACUACGCAGAACUUUGCGCACAACGGGCAGGACGCUAUCAUAUGAGAGGAGGCAUGGUUCUGCGACACGACGUACCUUUAGAGAUGCUUGACAGUGCCUAUCAUUUCCCUGAGCCUGAGCCUGAGCCUGAGCCGGCGCUCAGCCAUGGGAGCGAGCAGCUUAUUGAUGAUCGUCCAUAUAUCAAAAACUCUGAGGAGAUCGAAGCCAUUCCCUUCACCUGGACCCCUGAGCUCGCGAGACUGACAAUUUCUCGCGGCGGAAUCCAUCCGUUCCUUGGACCUUUAGAGCCCAGCAACGAGUACCCGUAUUAUAUUUUUCACCCGGACUGGGCGCUUCCUGAUCCUGCGGAUACGCGUGAGUGCCUAAAAUGGGUGGGUCUUUCCGACGACAAAAUUAUUCAAGUCGAGCAAAAGUUCAACGAACUAUAUCCUGAUUACCAAGGACCUGUCUGUGGAUACGACGAGAAGUACACAUCUGGGGGAACACCUGGAGGGCGUAAUUAUAUCGACUUCCCGGUUGUCGCAAGAAUGGUGAAGGUGUACUACGGCAUGGUGGAUCACUGGAGUUCUGACCACGAGUAUACUCAUGAGGGCUACAUUAAAAAAGCUAUCCAGCAAGGUUUACGGCCAGAGUUUGCUGUGUCCUGUGGAAUGCACAAAGAUGAUCCCCGCUGCGUCGACGACCCGUUGCUCUUCGAAAGAGACUGGUUUGACACAGCUGCCUCGUCAAUCGUUGUCAGAAUGGUAAGAUCACAUUGGGAUAAACUCAGCAAGUUUCUCUUGUGCAAACUAUGCGACGAGGGAAAAGCAUGGAGAGACGAUUAUGAUCAUGGCUUAAGCGAAUGGUUAGUCCACGAGGGAGAAAGUAUGAAGCAGGCCAAAGAGCGGGUGAACAAUCUAGAUCGACAAGCACUGUGCGAGAGAGCUUACAAGGAGGAGAGAGAAAAGAUCAAGCGGGAGUCGGAGGAAUAUCGUAAGAGGAUUGAGCAAGAAGUCGCCGAGGCUGAAGCGGAGUACAGGUCGUUCAGAGAGGAGUAGUCAGAUAUUGCGACGACAGGCUACGACACAAAUUGAAGGAGUCUAUCUCUCGGCGGAUAUAGGGCUGGCCCGAGUGAUGAUAUGUGCCUGAAUCCAUUCAGUUUCCCUGUUUUCUCUUGAUCUUUUCUUUUCGCGCUUGUGUUGCC